CCCACCACAUCACUCAGACCCUGUCAGAACCCAGACGGGUUAAAGUUUGAUCUUAUGCAGAGUGUUGCAUUCUCAGUCUGUGUGUGUGUGAGAGAGAGAGAGUAGGUGGAGGCUUUUAGUUUAAAGUCAGGCCUUGCAAAGGAAGACACGGAGUUGGCAAGUGUCGGACUGAGAUGGGGAGAGGUAGAGGCAGAAGUUAAGAGCCGGAGUUCCAGGAAGAUGCCAGUGAGGAGCGGAAUGUGAGAAUCUGCAGACCAACAACAACAGGAGGAGAAGGCAGUGCAGUGCGGAGCUUAGCUUAGCACCUUCCCACAAGCUCUGCCCUAGGUGUAUGUCUGAGCCAGUGUAGCCCAGGCCCGGGCGGAUGACCACGAGCAGCGCCAGAGCCUCGGCCACGAUGUAAAAGAGGCGGAAGGCAAAAGGGUGGGGGAGACAUCCUGAGCUCUGGGAGAGCGGCGUUGUCUGGGACGAGAGAAGGGCAGGCAGGCAGGCUCGGGGGGUGAGCGCAGAGAUGGAGAAGGGGGUGUGGGUGACUGCCCUCAGCCUGUUCCUCAGCGGCUCCGCUCUCUUGCUGCUGACCACGGCGAUCUUCACUGACCACUGGUACGAGACGGACACCCGGAGGCACAGGGCGGACUGUGAACGCGCUCCUGUGCCGGGGGCCAGCGGCGGUGAGCGCAGGCGGGUCAUGCCCAUCUCUAACCUGCCGCUGAGGGAGCGCAGCGAGCCCAAUGAGCCAGCCCCUGGACCCCGGGGCCCUCUUAAAGCCUUGGCCCCGCUCACUCCAGGCCCGGGCCCGGCCAGCGAUCAGGAGCUGCUGGAGAGCUGGCGCUCGGUGUUGGGGCUCGGCGUCUUCGAGUCGGACUGCGCCCGUCCUCUGUUCGCCACUUACACAGGGCUGUGGAGGAAAUGUUACCAGAUGGGCAUCGACCGAGACAUUGACCAGCUCAUAUCCAAGGGAAUUGCACAGAGAUGCACAUCUGUCAAGUAUCACUACUCCCAGCCCAUUCGUCUAAGAAAUAUUCCUUUCAAUCUUACAAAAACCAUCCAGCAGGAUGAAUGGCAUCUGCUACAUUUGAGGAGGAUCACAGCUGGAUUCCUGGGCAUGGCAGCUGCUGUCCUGCUGUGCGGGUGUAUUGUAGCAUCAAUGAGCUUCUUCUGGGAAGAAAGUCUCACUCAGCAUGUGGCAGGCCUCCUUUUCCUAAUGGCAGGAAUUUUUUGCACAAUUUCUCUUUGCACAUUUGCAGCCAGCAUUUCAUAUGAUCUUUCACGUCAACCAAAAUUUAUCUAUGGGCUACCAAGUGAUGUUGACCAUGGGUACAGUUGGUCCAUUUUCUGUGCAUGGUGCAGCUUAGGGUUAACAAUGAUGGCGGGCUGUUUGUGCACUGCUUUGCCAUUCCUUAGCAGCACCAAGACAAUCCAUCAAAAGUCCAUCAGAGAUUCUUCCGUGUGAGCACAUUUUGAAAAAUACAGCUGAUUGAUGUGGGAUCUGUGUUUCUCCAUUCUGAUCUUGUGAUGGGACUGUGGCAUAUGAAUUUUGCAUCUGUGUUUUUGAUUCUUUGUAGAAUGUCAUAUAAUAUUUACAAUAUAUCUGUUUUUGUGUCUUUAAAAUGCAAAAUGGUUAUUUGAAAGAACUCCACCAUUCAAUGUAAGCUAUACAAAAAAAACUGUCAAACAACUACUGACAAUAUGCCACUUAAAACUGCAAAUACUUUAUGAAUAACCACUGCUGCCUCCAUUUUUCUUUGGUCUUUCCUGUUCUGAGAUGAGUUGAAAUUAUUUUCUUGCGGUGUUUGUUUUCUGCAAUACCAUUUGUAUUACUAUUGUAUUCCAAAUUCAAAAAGACAGGAAUAUUAAAACUGGGCUUAGCUACUGAAAUAUAUUGAAAUUGUACCUUCAAUUUUAGAAUGUUAUUUUAAUGAUAUCCAAUGGGAAAAUACAUUGAUACUUCUCCAUGAGUAAAGCACAUUAGGAGUGAAAUUAGUCUUUGGUGAUAAUGCAAAAUGGGUGAUAGAAAAUUUGGAACCCUUUUUAUAUCUGCCCAAUGAUUUUGCAUUUGAUUUAAAAAAAAACUGAGUGGGAUGUAAAAUGGGCCGAUGAUUCACCAUCAGUGAUCAUGGGAACUGCAGAUGCUGUAGAAUUCAAGAUAACAAGAUAACAAAGUGUGGAGCUGGAUGAACACAGCAGGCCAAGCAGCAUCUCAGCAUCUCAUCUCACCAAAAGCUGGUGAAGGGUCUAGGCCCGAAACGUCAGCUUUUGUGCUCCUGAGAUGCUGCUUGGCCUACUGUGUUCAUCCAGCUCCACACUUUGUUAUCAAUGAUUCACUAUCACUCACUUAGCACAAUCAACAUCACCGUAUCUACUUUAAACUGCUAGGCCCAAGCAUCAAUUUGCACUUUUACAUUCCAAAUAUUGCCUCACUUAAAGCUGUGGUAAUUAUUUUACUAAACCAUGUACUUUGAGUAAGGUUCAACUGUAAUUAUUUGACAAUACUGUGCUGUCAAUUGCUGUGUUAAAUUUUGUGAAUGAAAAUGUGAAUAAUUAGUACAAUUGUUACAAUAUUUUGUUAAUAUGGUACUGAGUGUAAAUUCUUUGUGCUGUUUGUCUGUGGACACUUUAUUUUGAUAAACUUUAAGUCUCAGUAGCUUAGAAAUUGGAUUGUACCUGGUUGUACCCCAAUAUGUAUCUAAUCCAGGGCUGGACCAUGCAAAAUUGGCCCACUCGCUUCCUCUGUUGAUGGUUGACAAACUGCAGGUGUUGGUCAAGGCCCUAGAAGCAAUUUAUGGUUCUGCAAAGAACAAAAAUCAGACAGCUAAGAUGGAAGGGGAGAUUGAAGGGGAGAUUGGAAGGGAGGGAAAGUUAAUGUGGGGCUGAGAGGAAUACAGCUGCUCCUUCUGGCUUCACAAUAAGGUGAGUUACAAAAAGUAAAUUUUCAGGGAGCAGCCUCCGGCAGACACUUAUUAGUUAGUUACUGCCUGCAACUUUCAUAGCGUACACAAUCAGUCGCUAAAGAGUUUUAGAGGUUGAACUCUCCAUUGCAUAUACAAAGGGACAACUGCCUUCUAUGGCCACAAGCUGUGGAUACCUUUACCAAUUUAAUCAGCUGUUCAUGUUGAGUGUGGCAUGUGUACAUGCAUGACACCCAUCAUAUUGAUAUUUACGUGCCCAUUUUAAAGGUGCAAAAGAUUUGAUACCUAUGAAUUUCUGGGCAGGUAUGUUUUAUUUUAAUAUAUAAUCUCCAAGAUAGCUAUUCCUCAUAGGUAUGAGAUAUCAUGCUAGAAAACCCGAUCAGCUCCAAUAUGAGAUAAUAUCUGCAUUGCUUUAUAUGAAUUUUAUCCAUUCUUAUAUAUUGUACAAGGAUUCUGUAUAACAAGAAAUUUUUAAUGUCUUUAUGUUACAGAAGUGACAUUUUUUAUUUUCAGUAGUGAGGUAAACAUAUCUGGUAACGUAAACCUUUCUUCCAAUAAAGAUUACUCAAUGAAAAUUUA